AUACCUGCGUUGCGACCGGGAACUCAAGUCGAACAUCUUCCCUGGCUGACCACGCAUAUUACGUGGCAUACGUUCCGCGACUAUGAGACAGUUCUCAAUAGUUAGCGGCAUUUUGCUCGCCGCCAGACUAGUAUAUUCCCAGUCCCAAAAUGAGACUGGGCAACAUCCGGGUUGGCCGCGUUGGUGUGGAAAGGUGUAUGAGACCGGUUAUCCGUCCUUUGAACCAGGCGGUCACACCACAGAGCCAGCUCCAAUCAACGCGGACGGAUCGCCGAAUCUAUACGUACAAUUCAAGCCGCGAUAUAGCAUCUACCUAGUAGGCGAGUCCAAAGGCUCAUUCGUCGUCAACGCCGCGUUAUCACCUUGGUAUGGUGAACCUUGGACAAACUCAACCGGCGACCAAGGAUCAAAAACGGAGCCAUUCACAGAGCUAUUCUUCUCAAUUAGUCCGAAGUCCGCCAGUAAUACCAGCACGCCAUUAGUUGAAGGUAGCAUACCGAUAAACGCCACGGGCGCCACCUUCGAUUUUGAUUUAUCCAGCUUCGAGCCAAGUACGACGCCAUAUGACGUCGUUCUCUCUGGUGGAUCACGAUCCGGGAACCAGAAGUAUACAGCAACGAGUUCGUUCCGUUACCUGCCAGAUAUCGCCCCGGAGGGAAGUGCAACUAAGAUUGACAAUCUCAAUGGCGGCCUACUAUUCCGGAACCCUCAAACAGGCGGCGCUUUCGUCCCAUUAUUACCGUACGGGUUCUAUGGCCUAUACAAUGGGUCUAACAGCACAGCGGAGAGCGAGGCAUUUGUGAGCGAGUAUUCUAACGAUGGCAAGGGUCUUAACGCCAUAAUCUCCCUAGCUGGCUUCGCUGACACUAACCCGGUAUACGAGAGUAUGGACGCGUCAACAUUGCGUUUCAUGUUCGAUCUACGGUCUUCGUACAAAAAUCUAACUGAGGUUACCCAGCGUGUGAAUAUAGCUAAAAAGCAUAGCUCACUCUUCGCGUAUUGGACAGCUGAUGAGCCUGAUGGUUGGCAAGUCCCCUUUGAUGUUACGCCUGCGGCACAAGAGCUUAUCCACGAGCUGGAUCCGUACCAUCCCGUAGCCGUUACCCUCAACUGCCAGGACUACUACUUCGGCGAAUAUUCAGCCGGUGCAGAUAUCUUGAUGCAGGACCCAUAUCCUAUCGCGAUUAAUAGCACUUUUUCGAAGUGGGGCACUGCAUGCAAUGCGACGCUAGGUGAUUGUGGCUGCGAUAAUUGCGCUGGAAAUGUGCAGGAUGUGUCGCACCGUCUUGAUGGAUUGGUCCAGUAUGAACGCUGGCUUGGUCGUUGGCCGCUUCCCAAGUUCCACAACCCACAAGCUUUUCAUGGUGAGGAUUAUUGGGCCCGUGAUCCAACUCCCGCCGAAGCAUUUGCGAUGAACGCGCUCGCCUUCAAUCGAGGCGCUACGGGGAUCUUCGCGUGGACCUGGCCUACCAGUCAAGAAUUAUUCGAUGCUCACUCACAGAUGUCGAAUGUGAUUACUCAGCCGCCUGUGCGAGAUUUCCUACUCGGAAGUCAACCUGCCGGUAAGAUAGAUGUCGCUAAUCAAGAUCUUGUUGAUGCGGCUUACUGGGUACGAGGAACCCAGGCAAUGAUCAGCGUGGUCAAUGGGGCAUACGACGACGUGACAGGCCAACUUUCCAUCGCGUUACCUGUUCAGGCGGGAAGUAUUUCCUCAAUCCCGUUCGGUGGAUUAUCAUGGAAGUUGUUGAACGAUCAGCUGACAGUUGAUUCGCUACCCGGCAUGUCGACUAGUAUCAUUAUUCUUGAUUUAAAGUAGUAGCAGAAACUUUUAUAUAAUGCUUAUCACAAUUAUAACGAGAACGAAGCUGCCCAUCCAUAACCACUUGGAGGGAUCCGGCGCCACCUAGGGUAGCAUUUCACUGCCAAUUGACCAGGAACACCACAUCUGUGUAACCACAUAGCAGAUAUGAGCGAACUGUGCAAGUCGUACAAGAUGGCGCUUCUCAUCUGUAGCUAGCGGUGCGGG